UAUGUCGGCCUACUAAACUCAGGAGGAAAACCCACAAUCCAAGUUUUUUUGCUUUAUAAUACAUUGGUGUUUGUUUGAGGUUCAAUUAAAUGGCAAUGGCUUCUGAAGGACCAAAAUCAGCAGCCUUAAUCCUUUUGACCCUGAAUCUAGUACUGUACUUCAUAGUGAUUGUAAUUGCUUCAUGGGCAAUGAAUCAUGGGAUUCAAAGGUCUAAAGAAACAGCAUCAGUUUUGUCCAUUCCAGCUCGAAUUUUCCCAAUAUACUUCCCAAUAGGAAACAUGGCUACUGGUUUUUACAUAAUUUUCACUCUAAUUGCUGGUGUUGUGGGAUUCACUACCUCACUAACUGGAUUAAAUAACAUAUUCCAAUGGAAUGCUCCCAACUUGAAUGCUGCUGCCAUAUCUUCAUUGACAACAUGGGCACUCACUCUUCUAGCUAUGGGAUUUGCUUGCAAAGAAAUCGAACUUGGCUGGACUAACUCAAACCUGCGUACCCUUGAAACGAUCACAAUAAUUGUAAGCGCAACACAACUGUUAUGCACGGGUGUCAUCCAUGUUGGGGCUUCAGAAGUUGCUCACAGAAUUGGAAGAGUAUGACUUUCACUUUCAGUUGGUGCCAUACAUGAAUAUUCUCAGAAUAAUGUAUUCUUCAAUUACCACAAAAUUGUAACUUAAUUCCUUUUGAACUUUUUUUACAGAAAAGUUGUUUCAGUCUCUGUUUGUAAUUAGUCACUUUUAUAGUUGUUUCUCGUAGUCAUUUAUUUCAUUUGAGUGCUUAUAAAUUGAUGUCCA